CAUCUUAACAGAAACAAAGAUGAACUUCUGCAGUAUGUGAAGAAUUUUCAACCUCAAAAUGAAGAAGUCAAAGCCAUCAGAGUUUUACUCCACGGCCCAGUCGGUGCAGGAAAGUCCAGCUUCAUCAACUCUGUCAACAACGUCUUACAAGGCAGAAUGACCAAUAGAGCUCUGACCAGCACCAUAACCUCUGAUCAAAGUUUCACAAAAGAGUACAAAACCUAUAAAAUCAAGAAAGAAGGCAGAGAGGUUUAUCCCUUUGUGUUCAAUGACGUCAUGGGUCUAGAGGAAAAAACUGGAGUCAAAGAAGAAGACAUCAAACUGGCCUUAAAGGGUCAUGUGAAGGAUAAUUAUAAGUUCAAUCCUGUAGCUUCCCUUUCUGAAGGUGAUCAUGGCUACAACUCUUCCCCGUCCAUCAGUGACAGAGUUCAUGUUCUGGUCUGCAUUUAUGACGCUAAUGCAGCACAAAUGAAGCUGCCUGUUUUACAGAAAAUGAGGGAAAUCAGAGAAGCAGCCAGUGAGCUGGGAAUCCCUCAGAUGGCGAUUCUCACCCACAUUGAUUCAGCCUGUGGGGUAACAGAGAAAAAUCUGAGAAACGUCUACAGGAGCAAACAUUUAAAGAAAAAAAUGACUGACUUCAGCGCCAGUCUGGGGAUCCCAAUGAACUGCAUCCUCCCAAUGAAGAACUACAGUCAUGAAACUCAGCUGAAUCCAGAUGUCGACACUCUGAUCCUGAGUGCUCUGAGGCUGAUGAUUGACUUUGGAGACGACUACACUGACACACUGUGAAGAUACAGAACUGUUUGUGGGGAUGUGCACGAAAAUCACAACAGUAAUAUAGUUCAUAUCAGUGAAAAAUUAUGAAGUGAAAUAAAAUAUUUAAUAUUCAAAAAGCGUUAGGGCUUUAAAAAUAAACAUCUGUCGCGGCUUUGAUUAUAGUAAGUUUGAUUUUUCUUUAAAUUAGUUUAAUUUAAAAAAUCAGUCAGGUGUAGGCGCCAUAGAAGUUGCAGCAGACAACAAAAUGACUCUGAAGAAAUAAAGAUGAUGUUUUAGUCAACAAAGGAGUAAAAUAAGGACAAGACAUUAGAUCAGGUAGAGGAAGAGAAACUGUUUCAUCUAAAUAAAUGUGUUGAUGAUUAACCACAAAGACCCUCUGAGGAAGGCUGGACUCAGUUUUCUGUAACAUUCAUCAAACUUUCCUGUUAGUUUGAAAUUGCUAAAGAUUAAGAAACCUUAAUAAAAGCUGUUUACUGUGAUAGAGAUUCUGAGAGUGAAGAAUCUGGCCUGAGUGAGUGGAGGCAUGUGUUGUUCAUUUUAUUAUUACGCUAUGCACUGCAUACAGCACAGAUAAAACCUGACCUGAAGAGAUUUUACUCUGUUAUUAUUGCAAAAACACUUAAAAUAAAGCUUAAUUUUUAAUAUUCUAA